AUGUCGGAUCCAAGCUCCAUCAAUGGUGGUUCAGCAGUAGCCAUGGUCGGUAAGGACUGUAUAGCGAUAGGUUGUGAUUUACGUUUGGGUAAUCAAUCUUUGGGUUUGUCCAACAAUUUCGAAAAGAUAUUCCAAUUCGGUGACAAAACCUUCUUGGGAUUGACCGGUUUGGCCACCGAUGUCACCACAUUAUCGGAAGUGUUCCGUUUCAAGAACAACAUGUACAAGUUGAGAGAGGAGAGACAGAUCGAACCUAAGACGUUGGCUAACCUCGUGAGUUCCACAUUAUACGAAAAGAGAUUUGGCCCAUACUUCGUGGGUCCUAUUGUUGCCGGUCUAGACUCCAAGACCAGCAAGCCAUUCAUCUGUGGUUUCGACUUGAUUGGAUGUAUCGAUUUUGCCAAAGAUUUCAUUGUCAGUGGUACUGCCUCUGACCAGUUGUACGGAAUGUGUGAAUCACUUUACGAACCAAACUUGGAACCGGAAGACUUAUUCGAGACCAUUUCGCAGGCGUUGUUGAAUGCCGUUGAUAGAGAUGCAUUGUCCGGUUGGGGUGCUGUGGUAUACGUGGUGACCAAGGAUAAGGUAGUCAAAAGGGUUUUGAGAACCAGACAAGAUUAG